AUGGCUUCCGCUGCUUCAUCUGAGGAACAAAAGGUAUCGCCUUCCAAAAAGCGCAAGAUGAAAGACGAUGACGCGGCUUCCAAGGCUUCUGGAGUCAUGGCUUACUUGCAAACCUCACUGUCCAAAGAAUCUCUUUCUCAACUGUAUUUGGAUCCGACUCGAGGCCGUUAUGUUUGUCGAGCCGUCUUGCAAGAAUUGCCCAUGACGUCGCAACAAGUGGUCGUCCGACUGAUAUGCUGCGGGGGCUCCUUUCCGCGCAAUUUGGUAAACAUUUGGUGCGGCAAAAAGUACUGGGGCCACAAACAGAUUAUGGAAAUGGUCAAAUGGGCCAUUUUGAAGCAACCGGCAGACGAUGAUGCCGCUAUUCAACUGACGGACGAAUUCUUUCAGGGAUACAAGGCAGCCUUACAUUCGAUGGAUACCUCGCCGUGGAGUCCAUUGACGCCUGCCCAAGUGGAGGUAAUGGAACAAGAAGCGUCGGCAGUCGAAGGAAAACCAGUCAAAUUUCCAGCCAUGACGCAGGAAGAUUUGGAACGAUACACUCAAUCGCAAUGGGAUGCCGUAUUACAUUAUCUAGUAGGAACUCCCAAUCUGGACGUUCAACCGAAUCCUGCCAUUUCUCAUUUUCUGUUGGAGACCAAGCUCAUGCAGCCGGAUCCUGAAUAUCGAGGGGAUCCUGAGGAAGCUCCCUUGGUGAUUACUCGCAAGGGAUACGAUUUCAUGCUGCAAGAUAGUACCCAACAAGUUUGGCAUUUUGUGCUUCAAUACCUCCAGAGUAUUGAGCGACAAGGAAAUGAAAAGGCGGUAGUUUUCAAGCGAGAAGCACUGUUGGUCUUGCUUUGUUUGAGUUAUGCCAAAUUUGGAGAGUGUUAUGCUUCCGCAGUAUUGUCCAAGGAUGGAAGACGCAUUGUUCGAGAUUUGGCCCUAUUUGGACUCUUGUACGUCAAAAAGGUUGGAAAGAAAUCCGUAUUUUAUCCCACACGAAUUGCCAUGCAAUUGGUGGGCGGAGCGGAGGCUUCCUCUUCUUCCAAAUCUGGUAAGCGUGGCGGUGGUGGUGGAAUGUGGUCUUGGUCGUCCAAGGCACUGGAUUCGGCAUUGGCGCAUCCAUAUCCCAGCGAUUCGAGUCACUUGGCCAUUAUUGUCCAAACCAACUUUCAGUUAUGUGCCUACACGACAUCGGAACUUCAUGUCAGUAUGUUGGGAUUGUUUUGUGAGGUACAAACGAUUCGUCGACUUCCCAACGUUGUCUUUAUGGCUAUCACGAGGGAUUCCAUCAAGGGGGCCUUUGCGUUGGGCAUUCAAGCUCAUCAAAUCUUGCGGUUUUUGGAAAAACAUGUUCAUCCCAAGCUGAGAGACAACACAACAUCCCCGAUUCCUUCCAAUGUGGUGGAUCAAGUGUACCUAUGGGAUCGCGAACGACAUCGCGUGGAAUGGAAUGAAGUCUUUAUGCAUCAAUGUGUAUUGGAUGGAGAAUUCCAUGCCGUUCAAUCGUACACCAUGGAACACCAAGCUCACGCUUGGAGUAACGCAGGACGGAAUCAAUUAUUCAUCAAGUUCCCCUAUGCCGAACAAGUACAGUCCUUUGUUCGGAAAUGGCGUGCCAAGGCGGCUGCUGGAUAA